CGCACCGAAGUCACCAUGGAUGUCUUCCAGAUGAGAAGCAUGAAUGAUUCGGUGAUGUCCCAGUUUAAUUUGCUGAAUAACAGCAUGGAUCACAGCACUGACAGCAGAGCCGCCUCUUCCAGCCCCUACAGCUCGGAGCACGCCUCCAACGUCCCAACGCUCUCGCCCUAUUCUCAGCCCAGCUCCACCUUUGACACCAUGUCCCCCGCGCCCGUCAUCCCGUCCAACACCGAUUACCCCGGGCCGCACCUCUUCGAAGUGACCUUCCAGCAGUCCAGCACAGCGAAGUCAGCCACCUGGACAUAUUCCCCGUUGCUGAAGAAGCUCUACUGUCAGAUUGCAAAGACGUGCCCGAUCCAAAUCAAAGUGUCGACGCCUCCUCCACCGGGUACCGUUAUCCGGGCCAUGCCUGUCUACAAAAAGGCGGAGCACGUGACAGAGGUGGUGAAGCGGUGCCCGAAUCACGAACUUGGGCGUGACUUUAAUGACGGUUUAUCGGCUCCCGCCAGCCACUUAAUCCGCGUGGAAGGCAACAACCUCUCUCAGUACGUGGAUGAUCCUGUCACCGGGAGGCAGAGUGUGAUGGUUCCUUAUGAGCCUCCCCAGGUGGGUACCGAAUUCACAACCAUCCUCUACAACUUUAUGUGCAACAGCAGUUGCGUGGGUGGGAUGAACAGGCGGCCCAUUCUCAUCAUCAUCACCCUCGAGACCAGAGACGGGCAGGUUCUGGGACGAAGGUCCUUCGAAGGUCGGAUUUGCGCUUGCCCUGGCAGAGACCGGAAAGCAGACGAGGACCAUUACCGAGAGCAGCAAGCCCUCAACGAAAGCGCAGCCAAGAACGGCAACCCCAACAAGCGGACUUUCAAGCAGAGUCCUCAAGGGAUUCCAGCACUAGGGCCUGGCAUUAAGAAAAGGCGGCAUGGGGAAGAAGAAAUGUAUUACGUGCCAGUUCGCGGCCGAGAGAACUUUGAGAUCUUGAUGAAAAUUAAGGAGAGCUUGGAGCUGGUCGAACUCGUCCCUCAGCAACUGGUUGACUCGUAUCGUCAGCAGCAGCAGCAGCUCCUGCAGCGCCAGACUCACCUUCAGCCCCCUUCCUCCUAUGGCCCAGUUCUGUCACCGAUCAACAAGCUCCACACCGGGGGAAUCAACAAAUUGCCAUCGGUGAACCAACUAGUGGGGCAGCCACCUCAGCAUGGCCCCGGUGCAGGGCCGAAUCUUGGACCUAUGGGCCCUGGAAUGCUGAACAGCCACAGCAUGCAGUCUAACGGAGAAAUGAACGGAGGCCACUCUUCCCAGGCAAUGGUCUCCGGGUCGCACUGCACUCCCCCUCCACCCUACAACCCGGACCCGAGCCUCAUCAGUUUUCUAACAGGCCUGGGGUGCUCAAACUGCAUUGACUAUUUCACUUCACAAGGGUUACAGACUAUUUACCACCUGCAGAACUUGACCAUAGAGGAUCUCGGAGCACUGAAGAUCCCGGAGCAAUACCGGAUGAUUAUCUGGAGGGGCCUCCAGGAACUGAAACAGGGUCACGACUACGGAGCCCAGCAGCUGAUCCGCUCCAGCAGCAAUGCCUCCACCAUCUCCAUCGGCACGUCCGGGGAGCUGCAACGGCAGCGUGUCAUGGAAGCUGUACAUUUCCGUGUGCGCCAUACAAUCACCAUCCCGAACCGCAGUGGAGCUGACGAAUGGGCGGACUUUGGAUUCGACCUACCGGAUUGCAAAUCCCGCAAACAGUCCAUCAAAGAGGAGUUCACAGAGGGAGAAAUCAACUGAACGGUUUCCUUGAGCGUUUGGAGCCACCAAACGAGGACAGAAAGAGGAUUUGAAAGGUGCUUGGAACAAGCCUUGCGGAACCACAGAAAGUAUUUUUUUUCAGAGCUCAAGUGGCAAAAUGUCACUGUUGUGCCGCGGAAGUCCAUUGCUACGUAUCUUCCUGGGCAAAGCGGGUCUUGCUCUUUUCAUGCCAAUGAAACUACAAAAGGAAACUACUGUUCAGGAGUGUUCAGCAGCGAACCCUGAGCAUGUUUAAAAUGGAACGAAUUUUCUGCAAAAUAUCCACAUCCAAUUCACACUGCGAUGUGAAGGACUGGUUCGUUGCGUUCAUUGUGGUAGGCGUGCACUCCUUCCUUUCCCCUCUUUCAAGUCAUCCAAGAUGGCUGAAGCCUUUCUCCUUUGGUGAAAGCGGGGUCGACCCUUUCUCGUUGUCCUCAACUGGGUCGUCUCCACAGCCAAAUGGUACCAAACAACUUCAGUGACUUCUCUUCCAAACGGACUGCCAAAAAAAGUGUUCGUUUUCUUCAAAGCUUUGCAGAACGGCAAAGCAGCUCCUAGAAUCUGGUAAUUCCCCAUGACAUUUAUAUUAGCUAGUUGAAAAGUGCUCGUGUCGCAAAAAGGUUCGCCAGACCUAUUGUAUAUACGAUAUACGCACCGUGUUGUUGUAAAGUUUUAUUUGCCAUGUAAGCUAUUAUCAAAAACACAGACUGACAUGAAGAGGCAGGGAUUUCAUCAUUCUUUCCCUAGCCUACAAAGUUGGAAAUUCCUCACUUGAAAAGAUUAUCAUUUUGGUCUUUUGGACUGAUUCUAAAGAAAACUUUCAAGAAGCCAUUGCAUUGGAAUUAAUGGACUUGAAUUAGAAUUAAUGGUGAAAUUCUAUAAUUAUAUUCCAUUCACACACACACACACACACACAAUUAUUUAUAGUGGAUGCUAAUUGUUUUUCACCUGUUAUCCCCAUAGAAUAAUGGGAUUUCUUAGUUUUCAAGACUACCAUGCAGAGGUGUGAUUUCCAAUGGAGCAGGAGCAGACUCGGAAAUUAAAUGGCCCUGGAACAAGCCCACCUGAGUAGCCCUUGGGGUCCAUCAAGAUAUUACGUGCAUUGAUGCCCCUGCUAAAAAGCCCAUUCUGCUGUUUCUUCUAUACAUUGCAUUUUAAUCCCAUCCUACUGCCAAGAAGCUCUAGAAGGAAUCCAUAGUUCUCCCUUCCUCAUUUUAUUCUCACAACAACCUUGCAGAGUAGAUGUAUUGUCGAAGGCUUUCACGGCCGGAGAACGAUGGUUGUUGUGGGU